AUGUCACCCACUCUUUUCAAGAUUUACAUCAACGACUUGAUAAGGGCGGUUGAAGCAGUAAGACAGGGAGUCCAAGUAGGGGGAAAGAGUGUGUCCGGACUGAUGUUUGCAGAUGAUUUCGUGGGGGUAUCCGAAACACCAGAAGGGUUGCAGGAACAAAUAGAUGCGGCAGUAGGAUACACCCGAAAAUGGAGACUGUCGGCGAACGUAGGAAAAUGCGCAGUAGUGGUCUGUAACGAAGACAAGAAAAAUCCCGUAGAAUUCAAAUGGAAAUGGGGGGAGGAAGAACUACCGGUAGUAGACAGGAGUGUGUCCGGACUGAUGUUUGCAGAUGAUUUCGUGGGGGUAUCCGAAACACCAGAAGGGUUGCAGGAACAAAUAGAUGCGGCAGUAGGAUACACCCGAAAAUGGAGACUGUCGGCGAACGUAGGAAAAUGCGCAGUAGUGGUCUACAACAGCGAAAAAACGAUCGCGGUAAUUGGGGAUAGAUGGUGGGCACAAGAGGCCUUAGAGGACGGGGAUAAGAUGUGCAAGAAAUUUUUAUGUAGUUUGUGGCAGAAACGUGGCUUCGGAGCGUACAGCAAGAAUCCGACGGAGAUCGGCGCGACGGUCGCCCGGUGGCUCAAGAACCCCGAGCUGCUGCAGAAGAUGAAGGACUGCGCCCUCCAGGCCGCCCGUCCGAGGGCGUCCUACGACAUAGCCCGCGAGAUCGCCGACAUGCUCUUCCUCGACGCGGACGGCGGCGGCCACGGCGAACCAGAAGCAGUAGUAGCAAAUAGUGGUGGCUGGGCUGGAGCCAUGCACACGGCUAUGGGAGGGGGUGGGGCACCGCAGAACGGGUUGGAGCAGGAACAGCAGGCGAUAAUGGAGACCGCUGGGCGGUCCGGGUGGGAAGGCGGCGGCGGCGGCGGCGGCGGAGGCGAGAGGGCGCCCGAGCGAAAGAAAGUGCCGGUGGGGUGAGAGAGAUCUCGAAGUUGGCUACUGCUUGCUUGCUGCCUGGUUGUUAUUGUGGUGGUGGCGUCAUCGUGCCCGGAGUUGAGAAAUUGUGUAGUAGGACAGGCGGAGGGGAGGGGAGGGGAGGGGAGGGGAGGGGGGGAAGCUAGAGUACUGCCGGUAUGUAUCGGUUUUGGUUUUGGCUGGCCCCGUCACUAGAGUUUGGAACAGAGCGGUGUGAAAGGGUUGGGAAUGCCCACGCCGCCCGGUAACGGUAUGCCGAAGUGUACGGGUGACGAAUUGAUUUCGUAACGACUUCUGACACCCACAACUGGCGGUCGAGGCGGUUAGGUUUGGUCUAGCCCCGUCGACGCAUGGUUGUUUUCGCGCUUGGUCUCUCCCUUGCGAAUGAGUUUCUGUGUCGUGUUGUGUUUCUUUGCCUCUAGAGAGUAGUUUUUGUGUUGGUCUUCUGCUGUCCGCCUAGUGCAGGGUAUCAGUAUCUGGGGUUGAAUGUGUUGUUUUGUUGUUGUGUCGUCGUUUGUUUUCUGCAACAACGGGGUGUUGGUUGUUUUUUUUUCAGUUGAUGUUUCGCUUGCGUCCAGCAGGACAAUAAGGGGCAUGAAGAUGUUGACACACACAACACACACACGGGCGCUUCGCCUC